AUGCCGAAGCUGGCCCCCUUUUCAGCACUGAGAGGCUCCCGGUCUUUCGGUUCCUAUGUACGACGUCACCUAGCACAGCCUCGACAUGGCCUCCUCAACGAACCCUGGCUCCCUCCACCCGCAGUGCCCGCGCUGCCCGUCACCUACUUUACGCCCUCCCGGGUAAAACGGGACGUAGGUCUAGGCAAUAAUGGAGAUCAUAAACCUCCAGAUGAACGCACGUUGAAGCUUGGGAAGACCCUUCGAACCCUCUCACCACUCCUCCCCACUCUUCUGUAUAACACUUUACCAACAAGCAUUCUCUCCCCGAGUGUCAACCUCCACCUCUUCCCAUCCACACAUCCUCACCUUCCCAUUGUCAAAGGCCGAACCCUCUACCGCGCAGCCUUGUGGACUGUUCCCGUCGCAUGGAGUAGCGUCCCACUAGUCGGCAACGUCAAACUUCAAAUCCUGAGUGAGCGGAUCGUUCGCUCAGGAACACUUCUCGACCCCACUCAUGAUGGUCACCACCACGACUGCGGCGACGAACGUCUCAUAGUACGCUGGAAAACAGAGCCUCGAACGGAUAGCAGACCGUUCCAUGGCCCCACCGCGUCCAAUUCGUCAAAACCCCAGACGAGCCAUCUCUCGAAUUCAAAAGGCACCAACAAGGGCCUGAGUGUGCUGCUCGGCGGAGACGAGCCGAUCUUCAAGCUCUCCAAAGAAGAGCAGUUCACCGGUAUAUUCAUCUUCUCUUUCGACGAGGAGGGCCGCGUCUUAACUCAUACUAUUGAGCAUGCCGAUGAAGCUGAUGGUUGGGACCGGACUGCGAAGUUUGUCACAUUGACGGAUUGGCUUAUUGGAAAAGCCCGUGGCUCGUUGGAUCCCAACCCAGAGCUUGCUGUGCAGUAUCACAACGAAGUCUCCCGGCGAUAA